CCUUUUGUUGUAUAUAAGAGCCGCCAGAUCCGUUUCACUCACAGUUAGCCUACAGUCUUCAAACAUGAACUCCCUGGUUCUCGUCGCCCUCGUUGCCGUGGCAGCCGCUGCCCCCCAGCAGCAGCCGCCCGUCGCCAUCCUCCUGGACGAGCGCGUUUCUCCCGAGAACGGCGCUUACUCCUUCCAGUUCCAAGCAGAGAACGGCAUUGUGCAAAGCGAGACUGGAACACCAGGUUCUCAAGGCCAGACGAAUGUGCAAGGAGUUUUCAG